CCUCCCGCCACAGAGCCUGUGCGGCGGCGUCUUAGCGGCGGUGUGAGGCCGGUUAGAGACGGCAUAGGCAACAGCCACACCAACAAGAGUAAUGCCCUGCAUGUGAACCUUGGCGAGAGUGGUGAGGGUGUGUACCUCGACGAUCUCUCAUGGGAGGACAAGGAGAAGGUCAUCAAGGCACUGCUUUUCUUCAUCAAUCAGACGUGCUACCAGCGCCUGCCGGGGACUUGCGCUUCUAAGGCUGCUGCUGGUGAGGAUGAUGAUGAUGAUGAUACUGGCGACGCACUGUUGUUACAGGUUGGGAAGGUGAAGAGUUGA